AGGUCAAAGAGCGCAAGUCUCAGGUUCCGUACCGCGUCGUUUAUGAGCGGAACGUAGAGUAAGUUGUGGAAGGUGAAUGUAGUCACGCGAACUUUAUCAUUCUGCAGUGUAGCUUAGCAGUAACAAAAGGAAAAACCUUUGGGAAAAAAUAAUACCUCUUUGAAAUUUAUCGAAGUUAUAUAUUUUAAAAAGAGAAAAAGAAAAGGGGAGGGGUCUUAACAAAUUCUUUAUUUUCAUUUGUUCAAAAAGAAAGAAAGGAACAAAAUGAAAGGUCCUUGUUUAAUCCUAUUAAUUUUCAUUCAACGCGUCGUUUAUAUCUGCAUCCUUCUCGAUAGGAUUUCCUUCAGUUAUAGUCAAAAUACUUACGCACGACAAGGUCUAGCUCGUGAUCCACCCACUGUCAGGAUACCUAAUCAAGGAAUACUUGCUGGCAAAGAGGUGAUCAUAGGUAGAGGUCAAAAGGUGAUACAAUACCUUGGCAUACCUUAUGCUCAACCUCCGAUAGGACAAUUACGUUUCUCCGUACCAGUAACGGAUCCUCUUCCAUCCUGGAAUGGAAUACGAAACGCCAGUGAAUAUGGUCCAUCAUGUCAGCAAGUAUCAAAUCGUUUGAAACUGCAUGAGAAGCUUUAUGCACGAUUACUACCACCUGACCAACCUGAUCCUGGUAUGAGCGAGGAUUGUUUGUUUCUAAACAUUUUCUUACCCGAUGCCAAACCACGUCCAACCGAAGGAUGGCCAGUAAUGGUUUGGUUUCACAGUGGUGACUUUAAUACAGGAACUCCGAAAAUUUGGGACGCUUCAAUUUUCGUCAUGAAACAAAAGGUAGUGGUGGUAACGGUGGCAUAUCGUUUGAAUAUUCUCGGAUUCUUCACAACGACGGACGGGGAAGCACCAGGCAAUUAUGGCAUGUUCGAUCAAAUAGCGGCUUUGGAUUGGAUAAAGGGAAAUAUUGAACGAUUCGAAGGUUCACCAACGGACGUGACAAUCUAUGGGCACAGUUCGGGUGCCAUAUGCGUAGGCUUACACAUGAUGAGUCCACUUAGUAGAGGAAAAUUUUCUAAAGCUAUAGCAAUGAGCGGGGAUGCUAUUGGAUCGGUAGGUUCACCGCAAACUGAGCUACCUAUAGUCGAUCUGAUCGCUGAGAAAUUUGGUUGUUAUCGUCAUCCGACGGUUAAAUUAAUGGAAUGUCUUCGCCGAGUCGACGUUACGAUUUUGGUGGAACAAGCAUCGGAUAUCGAGACAUGGGGUCCGAUCGUUGACGCCGAGAUCAAUAACAGUAGCGAACCAUUUUUACCGGAACACCCAAAAUACAUACUAGCUGGUGGUAACUUCAAUGCGGUACCAUUGAUCGUUGGUUACACGAAGAACGAGCAAGCAUUGGCUUAUAUAGAAUCGAUUACGGCCAGUGAGUCGUCUAGCGAUGACGGUUCCUUGUCGGACAAAAAAUUCGAGACUAUGAUUAUCGAAGAAUCAACAUCAGCCAUUAGUAAUCCAGAAGAGAACAGUACGUGCGAAAUGAAACCGGAAAUGUUGUCGGAUGCGAUUCUAUUCUAUUAUAAACCUCAUCCACCUAACGACGAUCAGGGUUUAUUAAGGGACAAGUAUCUCGAGUUACAAAGGGACAAAAAUUUUGCCUCAGGUUUGACCCUAUUAGCUGGGGAAUUAUCUAAACAGGAAAGGUCUUACGUUUACAGAUUCGACUAUCGUCCGAAAACUGAGUUUAUGGUACGCGACGUACCCGAAUGGGCUGGCGUACCCCACAUGUUCGAGCUACCCUUCGUUUGGGGUAUACCCUUAACAACCACGGUCCAAUGGAAUCCAGCUGAUAAAAAGAUGUCCGAGGUUAUGAUGAUGAUGUUAGCUAAUUUCGCCAAAACGUCUAAUCCGUCAUUGCACAACGUCAAAUGGAAUCCAUACACGAUCAACGAUCCUGGGAUAUUAAUUAUUGAUAGAAACAUCGACAUGAACGAGCCUAACGUCAUCGAUUACAAAGCAUUCGCAUUUUGGAACGAAUAUUAUCCGAAAGUUUUAGAAGAAGCUACCGAUAAUUGUUGCAACGUCACCAGCUCCGCUACCAGAUGGAAAUAUCGGCCCGAAUUUUUCUCUAUUCAUUUAUUAAUAUUAAUUGUAGUAAUAUCUUUGUAUACGUAACUUUGCUUUUUCGGUUCCUCGUUAACGAAUACAACACAUAUCUGUUAAGAUUUCUUCGAAAUUUUUAUCGAAACGGAACGAUAACUUUCGAAAUUUCUAUUCUCCUGUUAUUGUGUAAGACUUACCUGAAAAAAAAGAAAGAAAUUUAAUAAUAGCGGACAUCGUUUUUCGAUACACUGUGAUAUUUUUGGCACGCUGUAUAGAAAUAUCGUUUGUUGUUCUCUAUUAUGAACGGAUUAACAGUUUUAUGCAUUUUUUUUUUUUAUAAUUCAAUACGAUAAUCGAUAUCGUUGGCUUAAAACAAUUUAAUUUUUAAUUACGUCCAUGUUACGUACUAAUAGUUAUGUAUUAAUUGUAUCUUACAAAUUUAUCCAUUUACACAAAUAUAUAAUAAAUGUAUGCGUGUAUGUACGUAUGAAUGAAUGCAAAAGAACGAAGAAACAUAUGUCAGACUGUCCACCAUUCAAAUUGCUUACCUAAACAACAGAAGGAAGUGCCUUCCGAAUUAACGGAAUUGUACCAAACGUUGUAAAAGCGGUUUUAACCCCGAGAAACAAAAAUUAU